CUCACCAUGACUUUCCGUCGGGGAAUUAUACUCUUUUUCCUGUUAAAUUGUAUUAUUUUAUUUUUCUUUAUGUUCCUUUCUUUAAAUGAUUACUCCAUCUCCAUCUUACAUUCCCCUACUUCUAAGAGGGAAAAGGUACACCUCCUUAUUGUCUCUUCCUGGCGUUCUGGUUCUUCAUUCUUAGGACAGAUCUUCAAUCAGCACAAUGAUGUCUUUUAUUUAUAUGAACCUGGGCAUCCCAUCUGGAUGAGAUUAAACCAAGAGUCGGCUGAGCUACUUCAGUAUACUGUCAGGGACCUGCUGCGAUCACUCUUUAACUGUAAUGUAUCUCCUCUCCACCCAUAUCUCCCCAGUAGGGCACAGCGUAUCUCGCACAUAGACUUCUUUUCUGAGAGUCGAGCACUCUGCUCCCCUCCUGCUUGCUCAUCUUUAAUUCAUUUAGAGAGCUAUGACCAAACAACUUGCCAUUAUCGUUGUGGGAAUGCUUCCCUAGACAAGAUGGAAGAGUCAUGUAGGUCUUACAGUCAUGUGGUGAUAAAAACUGUGAGGGUCUUCGAUUUUUCUGUCCUUCUGCCUCUCCUCCAGGACCCUACAUUGAACUUGAAGAUCCUACAUCUGGUGAGAGACCCAAGAGCUGUGGCUGCAUCAAGGAAAAAAGGAAAAUAUUAUCUCAGUAUAGAUGACAAUAUUGUCAUUAAAGAUGGAAUGGAUGGAAAGAAGCUCAACCAGGAUCAAGUCAUGAUGAAGAUCUGCAAAAGCCAGGUUGCCAUCUACAAGGAAGCCAAGUCAUCUGGAAUUUUCAGUCAGGGGCGUUAUAUGCUCAUACGCCAUGAAGAUCUUGCAAUGGAGCCUUUGGCAAAUGCCAAAAGACUUUUCAAGUAUGCAGGUCUUCAUUUGACAUCAGAUCUGGAGAAAUGGAUAUAUAGCAUGACCCAUCAUGAUAUAAAACAACGUAAUGAUUUUUUGUCAUUCUCCAGGGAGGCUGCUAAAGUCAUUCAGAAGUGGAGGGGUGAACUGGAUUUUAAGAUGGUAAAAAAUAUUGAAAAAUAUUGCAAGGGGGCAAUGAAGGCCUUUGGUUACUUGCCUUUGAACUCAACGAAAGAAAUGAAAAACCUGACUUUGAAUUUGAUAAAUAUUAAAGAAGAACCCCUUUAAAAUGUUGGAGAAGUACAAAAAGCAGCUGAGAAAAAAACAUAUUGCACAAUUUUUUCGAACAUUUUAGAAAUUUAUGAAAAAACAAAUCAUGUUAAAAUUUUAACUCAUGUAAAGAAAUGGCUGAAUUAUUUGUGAUGGUAGCAAGUAUACUAAGGCAACGUAUGGUGGUUAUGUAUAAUGAGCAAUCCUGUGGUAAAUUUUCUAGAAAUUGAGUAAGCACUAUCUGAACUGCUGCAAUGUUCCUUCACAUCUCCUGAAAAUAAGCCCUAGCUUAUUUGGGAGACGCGGAGGGGGGAGAGGGCGCUCCUAAAAUAAGCUCUACCCUUAAAAUAAGCCAUAGUCGC